AUGGGGAAGGAAAAGACGAUGUUGGGGCGAUCUCUGGUGAAGCACCACAACCAUAUGAUUCAAGACUCGAAAGACAAAGGCAAAUACUACAAGAAUCUCCAGAAGAAAGUUCUCGAAUCGGUGACUGAGGUCAGCGACAUCGACGCCAUCAUCGAGCAGGCCGAGGAGGCAGAGCGUCUUUUCAUCAUUAAUCACAGCAACACCACACCUUUGCCCAUCAAUGCAGACACAAAUUCCAGCUCAAGUGUUAUAGCAGCUGAAGAGUGGAGAGAGCAACAGAAGAUAGAGGAGGCUUUACAUGCCAGUAGUCUUCAAGUGCCUCGAAGACCUCCAUGGACACCGGAAAUGUCAGUGGAAGAACUUGAUGCAAAUGAAAAACAAGCUUUUCUCAAUUGGCGCCGGAUGCUUGUCGGGCUUGAGGAAAAUGAAAAGCUUGUGUUGACUCCAUUCGAAAAGAACCUCGACAUCUGGAGGCAGCUUUGGCGAGUGCUUGAACGCAGUGAUUUGAUUGUUAUGGUAGUUGAUGCUAGAGAUCCACUGUUUUACCGUUGCCCUGAUCUUGAGGCAUAUGCUCAAGAACUUGAUGAGCAUAAGAAAAUAAUGCUUCUAGUUAACAAGGCAGAUCUUUUGCCUCCUUAUGUCAGGGAGAAAUGGGCAGAAUAUUUCCGCCUCAACGGCAUUCUGUUCGUCUUCUGGUCAGCCAUAGUUGCUACAGCGACCCUAGAAGGUAAAGUCUUGAAAGAGCAAUGGAGAAAACCAGACAACUUUCAAAAGACAGAUGAUCCAGAAGUUGUGAUCUACGGUAGGGACGAGCUGCUGAGUCGUUUGCAAUACGAGGCUCAAGAGAUCGUCAAACUGAGGAACUCUAGAGCUGCAGCAUCAUCACAGUCAUCGACUGUUGAACCUCAACGUGAAAAUGCCGUCGUUGGAUUCGUCGGAUACCCAAAUGUGGGAAAGAGUUCAACGAUCAACGCAUUGGUUGGUCAGAAGAGGACAGGUGUCACCUCUACACCGGGGAAGACAAAGCAUUUCCAGACUCUGAUCAUCUCUGAGGAGCUCAUGCUUUGUGAUUGCCCUGGUUUAGUCUUCCCUUCGUUCUCAACUUCAAGAUACGAAAUGAUUGCUUCUGGUGUACUUCCUAUUGAUCGGAUGACGGAGCACCGUGAAGCCAUCAAGGUGGUGACUGACAAGGUCCCUCGCCGUGUGCUCGAGACUGUUUACAACAUUACUCUCCCCAAACCUAAACCGUACGAGCGCCAGUCUCGUCCUCCUCAUGCUGCAGAGCUUUUGAAAGCUUACUGUGCUUCUCGUGGCUACGUUGCCUCUAGUGGACUACCUGAUGAGACGAAAGCAGCGAGGCAUAUUCUGAAAGAUUACAUUGGAGGUAAGCUGCCGCAUUUCGCAAUGCCACCUGGAAUGGCUCAAGGUGGUGAUGAAGUGGAUGUAGAGGAGGAAGCUUCAGAAGCCGGCUCGGAUUCUGAGGAGGAGAGUACAGUAGGAGAGGAGACGGAGAGCGAGCAAGUUCCUGGUAUUGAUGAUGUUUUAGAGGAUCUGAGCUCGUUUGAUCUGGCGAACGGGCUUGCGUCGUCGAAGAAAGUGAGGGAGAAGAAGGAGAGCGCGUCGCAUAAACAGCACAAGAAGCCACAGAGGAAGAAGGAUAGGAACUGGAGAGUGCAGAACACGGAGGAUGGUGAUGGAAUGCCUGUGGUUAGGGUUUUCAAGAAACCUGCCAACACUGGGCCUCUCACCAUGACGCGGUGA